CCCCCCCCUCGGUCGGCGGGCGCGGCGGGGACAAGAUGGCGGCGUCCCGCCGAGCCCCUGCGGCCCUGCCGCCGCUGCUGCCGCCCCUGGUCCUCCUGCUGCUCUGCGAUCUGCUGCUCCCCGCCCUCCCCGCCGCCGCCGGGGACGCGAGCCCCCACCCGGCCCCGGCCAAGCCGCCGCGGGCCCCCAAGAAGAAAGACAUCCGCGACUACAACGACGCCGACAUGGCGCGCCUCCUGGAGCAGUGGGAGAAAGAUGAUGACAUAGAAGAGGGUGACCUUCCCGAACAUAAAAGACCAUCAGCACCGAUAGACUUCUCCCAGAUCGAUCCAGGGAAACCUGAGAGUAUACUGAAAAUGACCAAAAAGGGGAAAACCCUUAUGAUGUUUGCAACCGUGUCAGGAAACCCCACAGAAAAGGAGACUGAAGAGAUAACUAGCUUAUGGCAGGGGAGUCUCUUCAAUGCCAACUACGAUGUGCAAAGGUUCAUUGUGGGGGCCGAUCGGGCCAUCUUCAUGCUGCGGGAUGGGAGCUACGCGUGGGAGAUCAAAGACUUCCUGGUCAAUCAGGAUCGUUGUGCGGAUGUCACCCUGGAGGGCCAGGUAUACCCUGGGAAAGGGGGAGGAAACAAGGACAGAAACCAAAUCAAGCCAGAGAAAAAGAAAAAGGAAGGAAGCCCCAAGUCUAAGUCUUCCAAGGAAAGCAACAGCGCUGCCAGACAGCGAGAAGACCUAUGACACAAGCCUGAGGUAGGAACUGGACUUUGUGAAAUGAGGAAAUGGUUUCCAUGUCCGACUAGAUUGUUGUCCCAGUCUGGGACGUGUAUGUGUGCGCGUGCAUAUGUCUGAGUGUUUUGAAGAGGCUCCAAACUCAAACACCAAUGUCUAGUUAAUCCUCUAGGGUACUCGUUGGGGCUCCACAAAAGUUAAUGUUUCCUCCCAGGUGACUUAAAACUGUUACUCUUUUACAUGGCUUUGAGCCAUUCCAUUCUAGAUUAAAAUGGCCACUUGUUGACCUGACCUUGUGGGCUUGGUUUGUUGGGGAUAAAGCGGGAGGGGAGGGGCAGGAGUCAUAUGCCCUAGCAGGUUCCUGGUUUUCUAGUAAGAAAGAGGACCCAGUUACCUGACUUUGCUAGCCCCCAAUCGCGCUGACAUAGUUACCUUACUCGCUUAAAACCUUCACUUUCACACUCUCCCGGCAACUGUCAUGGCUUCCACACUCUGCCAAAGCGUGGAAUCAAUCGAUUGAUUGCCAAAGCAUUGCUGGGCGGACUGAGCUGAAUUCGGAGGCGGAACACAACGAAGCCGCCACUCUCUCCUCUGUUGGCUUUUGUGAAGGGAAGAGAUUGCUUGGCCAUGCCAUCUGGACGUUUCUCUUUCUCCUCUCACUGGGGAAAAUAACAAAAAGACUUUUUCAGGAAUGAGAGCAUCAAUUAGCAUUUUAAUUUCCAAGUCAAGCAAACAGGUGUUUUUGAGCAAAUAAAUUAUUCUUUAGUACUUUUUGUUUUCCAAGAGAAUACACGGUAUUAUGUGAUUUGGUUAUUCAAAUAAGUCCCUUGAUUUAUUUUUUUUUGCCCAAAUCUAUGCUUUUCUAUCGUUAUGGAACUUGGUAACUGUGAUUUUUGCUGUUAGUACAUCGAUGCCUAUUCUGAAACAAAUUGUCAAAUUAAUACUGUUUUCCCUUUUUGAAAAAAGCUGAAUUGUUUGAAA